GUGCAAGAGGUCAAUAUUUAGAACAAAUAAAUCAACAAAAAAUGCACUUCAGGAAGUUUGAUAGUGCACAUGUCAAACAAUAGAACAUUAAGCUGAUAAGCGGGACCACUUUUUCUGGAUACUGGUUAUUUAUUUGGUGACUUAUACCAGUUAUUGGGUUUGGGACAUUUCUACAUUGUUUUCUGAAUACCACACAUUCUGUACACGAGAAUUCAUGAGUAGCUGGAAUGGGUUUAUUACUAAGAUUAGUAAAUCGAACAGUUAACCUCAGAUAUGGUAAUGUAAACCAUUUUAGAACCCUCGGACAUAUCAGAAGUAUAGGCAGUACAUCUAAAGAUGAUGCAGCAAAAGAAUCGUCAACAGCUGCAAAGCCUGAUUUACCUGAUUACAAUACACCUAUUAAUGUAGAAUCUCACAGGUUGACAAGGCCAAAGUCAAAACCAAGAACAGUUGCUCCCUCUGUCGCUGGGAAAUGGAUUGGUCUUGAUGCUCUGGCAGAAAGGACAAAGGGGUCAUUGAUUCCAGACACGUUGAAAGAAAUGGAAAAUGACCCUGACUUCAAACUAACAGCUGAGAAACUGAAAACCUUAGGCCAAAAACAAAUGACAAAAGAAGAGAGAAAGAAAAGACAAAGAGCACUUGAUGACCUUGGUGUUCCAAACUUUGUUCAGUUCUGGAAACAAAAGGCAGAAGAAAAGACAGGAAUUCAACCAUCAUCCCUAACAAGAAAGCCUUGUGAACAAAUGCAAAUUAACAUAGGGCUAUACUGUAACCAAGCUUGUAAUCACUGCCAUGUAGAAUCAUCGCCAAAGAGGAAAGAAAUGAUGGAUCAUAAAACAGCUGUCAAAUGUAUGGAGAUCUUAGAAAACAGUCCGUCUGUAACAAUACUGGAUUUAACAGGUGGCGCCCCAGAACUAAAUGAAGAAUUCAGAUAUCUUGCAGCGAGAGGAAAAGAACUCGGUCGAGACGUUAUUGUGAGAAGUAAUUUAACCUCUUUGUUAGAACCAGGUCAAGAAGAUACUGCACAGUUCUUCGCCGACCACAAACUGCAUGUUAUAGCAUCACUGCCUUGCUACAGUGCAAAAAAUGUCAACAUGCAACGUGGAAAAGGAGUAUUUGAUAAGAGCAUCCAUGCUUUACUGGUCCUUAACUCUUUGGGUUAUGGUAAACAGGAUGACUUGCAGUUGGAUUUGGUUUACAAUCCAUUAGGUGGCUUUUUACCACCACCACAGGUACCUUUAGCAGAGAAAUACAAAGAUGAACUUAUGGAACAUUUUGGUAUAGAAUUUAAUCAGCUGUUCACCAUGACAAAUAUGCCAAUAAAACGUUUUGUUGAUUUUCUUUAUCGAAGGAACGAGCUCCAAGAAUAUAUGGAGUUACUCGUAAGAAACUAUAAUCUGGGCACAAUAGAUGGUUUAAUGUGUAGAAACCUGAUGAACAUCAACUGGAAUGGGCAGAUCUAUGACUGCGACUUUAAUCAACAACUUGACUUGCAGUGUCGAGGAGAAUCACAAAAUAGACUGUCUGUUUGGGACAUCAGUUCAUUAGAUGAGAUGGCAGAUGUCAAGAUUCGUACAGAUAACCACUGUUUCGGUUGUACAGCUGGAAUGGGGUCCAGUUGACAAGGGGUAACUGUCUAAGACCAGAACCAUUGAUGGAUCUGUUGACUUAGGCAGUUGAUUGAUUUUUAUUGUGCUUAUUCAUCUAAAUGCCACAACAUUGAUUUUAUAAACCAUUAAUGUGGUUGUAUUCUAAUCUGUUGGUCGGUCAAUCACAACAACUGUUAUAUCAUUCAGUAUUAGUAUUUCUUAUUAUCAAUUAAAUAUAUCAAAUCAUUGGUUGUAAGUACAAACAUGCACCAAAAACACUUUGUCAACCAGGACGCCAUAAGGACACUAUUUGGCCAACUUCUUCCAUUCCGGUACAAAACAAACAAAUUUUGAUUUUUUGGAAGCUUGAUAAUAUCCAAAAUAAGUACACUUUGGGAUUUCUUUGGCCCAAAGCAUUCAACGAAAUUAAAUUAAACUAAACUAACACUGGUAAAGCAGUAUAAAAUAAAAACUUUGGACUCAAUAGGACAAAAAGCACUUAUAAAAGGUAAAAAUUAAAACAAAUAUUCAGAAUUUGUAAUACUUUAUUUUUAUGGCCAAGUAAGGUCCUUCAGGCGCCCAACUCUUUUAUAGACUAUGUCAUAAACAAAAACCAACGAGAUGCAACUACAGAUAUAAUGUUGUGAAUUUGGCAAAGUUAAACAUAGUAUCUAAUAGAUUAAUGUCAUUAAACCUCUAAUAUAUCACCAUGAAGUGUAAUGAUAAUGAAUACGUGUAUCUGUUCAUGAAGUUAUUUAGUUUAAACCACUGUUGGUAACUAGAUGACUGAUGCUUAAAAGAUACAUGUACCAGUUAUAAAAGAAAUGCUUUGUUUUAUAAAGUGCUAUAUUGUGUAUGAUGCUUUUUUAAGGGCUCUGUAUUGUGUAUGUUGCUUUAUUUAUCACAUUUAUUACAGUGUUCACUCGUGUGGACUACCUGUCGUCCUGUGUUAACAUCGGAAUAUUUUCAUUUUUUCUUUCAUAAACCACUUAACGGAAACUGUUCUGACAUGUGUUCAGGGAGCGAUUUUUCUCCUCUCAUUUUUGAUGUUUUAUGCUAUAAUUUUUUAAUCUUUUUAAAAUAACCUAACUCGCAUCCACCAUUCUCUAAGAAGAACUUGUCCUUCGUCUGUCAUCGAAUAGGAACAAUUCAAAUCUGAAAAGUAAACUAUCAUAAACUGCUAAAGUGCAGAACUUAAUCAUCUUCAGUAAUUUCUGAGAUCCAAUUUGAGAAUUUUUUAUUGCUUAGAGUAUGGAUAUUGACAUCUUCGUCAGACAAAGGUUAUGAUAUUUGUCCCUCCUCUAUAAGUGGAGACGAAUGUAGUUGAUCGUAACCCUUGACUAGCUAAGAUGGGAUAUCGGUCACCUGUUUCUAGUCAGCGAUUCCCAUCACACCAGUGACAGAACUAAAACAACCUUGCACACAAUCUAUAACACGAUUUGUGCAUCUCUUAUUCCAUCUCUGUUCUUCAAAAUCUACACCAUCGAAUAAGCAUAACUACUUCUUUCUAAACCGAACGAAUUAUCUAUAUCCAUUUACAAAUAACUAUGUCAAACUAUGUCAAACGACAAAGGUCUUUCAGGGAAUAUUAACUUUUUUUAAACUAAUACAGUUGUUAAAUUACGCACCGGUAUAUGACUGUAAGAAUAUCUACAUUGUAAAUGCUUUUACUUAAUCAUUGUGUUUUGAAAAAAAUUGUUCUCUGUCAAAAGUAUGUUUAAUUAAUUUCUAGUCAAGUAGUGCCAAUAUUCUAUAAUAUUUUGUGGACUUUUCUAGUUUAUAUUUUUUGUUGUGUUCGUAUAUGCUUAAUGCUUUUGUUUAUAUUGGCUUACAAAGUUAUGAAUUCUUAUAAUGGCUGCAAUUGAGAUAUUUAUGAUAUAUUGAUUAUAAUAAUGCUUUCAUUUGGUGAAUUCAUGUCCAAGAAAAAAUAACAAAAAUAAAGAUUAUGGUAAAA